AUAAUUCGCACGUGAACAAUUAACUGCAGUCUAGUCAAGGGGAAGGUCCCUUCUUUGGUUUUUAUCAAGGAGCAAAGUUAGUCAGCAAUUUUAUUCAAGAUCGAGCGAAAUGGCUGCGCCGGUUGCAUCCCCCGUGCCCCUGCCCCUCAUACAACCCCUGACAGACAUGCUGGGGAUGAAGGAAGACGAAUUGUUAGAUAAGUUGGCAUAUUGUUUCAUGUUUCUUGGUGCAAUAGUCAGUGUCAUUUUGCAGUUUGUUGGCGCUCCGUACGGCAGAUAUGUCGAUUCGCGAUUCGGGUGUUUCGUACCGGGGAAACCUGCCUGGUUCAUUCAGGAACUACCGAGCUUUCUGGUGCCAAGUGUGCUACUGAUCGUGAGUGGAGGACAACGGGGCUUCAUCAACAAUUUCCUCAUCAGUCUCAUGAUAAUCCACUACUUCCAGAGAACAUUUGUCUUCACUUUUCUGAUCCGUGGUGGCAAGCCGACAACAUUUCUCGCUUUUUUCCUAGCGUUUGUCUUCUGCAUAACCAAUGGUUAUCUACAAGGCCGUUACCUGACACAGUACGCUGUCUACCAGCACAAUUGGCUACGUGAUCCUAGAUUUAUCAUUGGUGUGAUACUAUUCUUUACUGGAAUGGCCAUCAACAUCCAAUCAGAUUCCAUUCUCAGGAACCUAAGGAAACCAGGAGAAACGGGCUACAAGAUACCCAAAGGUGGUAUGUUUGAGUACAUCUCAGGGGCUAAUUUCUUCGGUGAGGUAGUCGAGUGGACGGGGUUUGCCCUGGCUUGCUGGUCAUUGCCGAGUUUAGCAUUCCUUGUCUUUACUGCAAGUAACAUUGGACCCAGAGCUUAUCGUCACCAUUGGUAUUACCAGCAGAAGUUUGACGACUACCCGAAGACCAGGAAAGCAUUCAUCCCAUUCCUGCUUUGAAGCAAAGAACAGUGGCUGAUAAUGGAUGAUAACUCAGGUUCAAACCUCAAAUUGAAUAUUAAAUUAAUAUAUAACACCUGUGUCUGCCAAUUCCAUUUGAUAUUUGAUAAUUUGAGUUGUUUUAAUUGAUACCAAAGUGUACAAAUUGAAAGUUUGUAGUUUUUGUGAUCUGAAGUGAAUGCUGUGUGACGCUGACGUCAGCAUGAUUCGAGUGCAAUUGCGUCAUUUUUAUUUUAGUUUAGUGUCAGUUAUUUUAGUUACAAAAUUUGGAAGAAUAUGCUGUUGUGAAGAUCCUAGAUUCCAUGGUUAUCAUGAAGAUUCUGGGAGAUCUUAUAAAAUGGUUGAAAACUCUUCUGGAAUGAUUUUUUUUUUCAAAAUGAGCAUUAAACAAAACACAAAAAUAGUCUAUAAAUUAUGUUAUCAGGUGUGUGAGUGACCACUGAUAAAAAUAGCUGAAAACAGCUGAAAAUGGUGUACAAAGCUGAAUGUUGGAGAUCUCCUAUACUUUUGUACACAGCAAGUGAGGGAAAAAGCUGGGGAAAAAAAGCUGAAAUCCAAAACAAAAAAAGCUGAAAUCAGCUUUAAAGCUGAGAUUUGUCACCCCUGAUUAUGUUAACAUUAUUUGAAAACAGUUUUAUGCAAAGAUUUUAGGGUUUCAGCUGUACUCCGUUUCAAAAGGCUAAAUCCAAUCCGUUUUCUACAAAAACAAAAUUUAAUUGACCAUUGUAUUUGCUACUUGUUUGUCGUUGUCACCAUACUUAAUUGGCAAGAUGUGCCACUAUUAUCCGAAUCAUACCAUUGGAUAGUUUUGUAGAAUUAAAAUUUGGAGAAUAUUUACUAAUGACCAAACACUUUGUGGACAAGAUAAUUUUGCAAAGUGGCUUUUGUUGCAAAACACUAUUACUCUAGUUACAGAUGACACUGAAUUUUAUAGAUGGCUUCAUUUUAAAUGUUGAUUACUUUGUUUUGAUAAGUAACAAAAAAAAUUGCCAAAACUGCAUUACUAAAAUUAACAAGUGCAAUGAAUUGAGUGAAGUUGAGCCAAAAAGAUUGAAUAAAUUUUACUAAGUUUUAAUCUUGUUAAGGAU